AACAAUAUCUGUUUCCGAAUUGACGGGAAUGGUCAUUUUUUUACCGAUGUACAAAAUUAAAUAAAACAAAUUCUAAAACUAUAUAAUAAAGUUAAAUUAAUAUAUUUAUUUCAUUAUCUAUAUAUUUGUGAUCUCGAAAUUAUAAUGGCUUGUCCAUGGGCAUCUGUGAAACUCGUACAUGAGCCUUUGAGUUUGCAAGAAAUCAUGUCAGAAGAAUUUGCAAAAGAAUUACAAUCAAAAGAAUACUGUAAGUUUGCUCACAAAUUUGAUGACACAGUGACCAAAAAUGAAUCAACGAGCUUUUCUGAUGUACUAAUACUCGAUGACAAUAAAGAUGAUACUCAAGAAGUAUCUCCGUUUUGUGAUAGUGAUGCUGUUAUUGCUCAGAUGUUGCAGUAUCAGUUUGAUAUGGAACACGAUGAAGAGCUGAAGAGGAUAGAAAAUAAGAAAAAUGGUUUGUCAAAAGUUAGUGUAUCAUAUGCAAACCAUAGAAAGGUCCCAGAGGAGCUGUUGUCUUCAGAUUCAGAUGACGAUGACAAUCAAUGGUUUGAUAAUGAUACUAAGAAUUGGGAUCGAUUUACUGUAAUGGAAAAAGAAUACUCGGCAAUUCCUAGAUGCGGUUAUAAAAUGAUUGAAGGCAAAAUAGUAACAAAACAUGAUAUGGAACUGUCGGGUUGUCGCAACGCUUGCAAAGUGAUGGCGUUUCCUCCUGAAAUUCAUACAGGCGAUGCGGGUGGAUUUGAUAUGCAAUUAUCAAAUAAAGUAUUCAAUAGUUUGAGAGCACACUCCAACCAUGAGAAGUCUAGAAAUAAAAAGAUGAAAAUGCAUGAUCGUAAAGAAUCUUGCGCUACUGCUGAGAUGGGAGUUGAUCACAAAACCCGUCUUUUACUUUAUAAAAUGAUCAAUAAUCAGUUGUUACAGAAGGUUAAUGGCGUUAUAUCAACCGGUAAAGAAGCUGUAAUUCUUCAUGCUGAAUCUGAUCCUGCAUAUGCAGAGUGUGUUCUUCCAAAAGAAUGCGCCCUUAAAGUAUUUAAAACAACUUUGAAUGAAUUCAAAGUAAGAGAUAAAUACAUCAAAUAUGAUUAUAGAUUCAAAAAUAGAUUCUCUUAUCAAAAUCCUAGAAAAAUCAUACACUUAUGGGCCGAGAAGGAAAUGCAUAAUUUAAUGCGUAUGCGGAAUAUGGGCAUUAAUGUUCCUGACGUAAUUGGUUUGAAAAAACACAUACUAGUAAUGUCAUUUAUUGGAGAAAAUCAUACACCAGCACCUAAGCUAAAAGACGCUAUUUUAUCAGCAGCGGAAUGGAUUUUAGCAUAUCAAGAAGUCAUCGAAAUGAUGCAUAAAUUGUACAACCAGGCACGCUUAAUUCAUGCUGAUCUUUCUGAAUAUAACAUAUUAUGGUACAAAGAUAAAUGUUGGUUUAUAGAUGUGUCACAAUCAAUCGGACCAGAAUAUCCAAGUGCUUUGGAGUUUUUAAUGAGAGAUUGCGCAAACAUAAGUUCUUUUUUCAGCAAAAAGGGCGUACCGGAUGUGAAAUCUGAUAAGGAAAUAUUCUCGUAUAUAACUUCUUUUGAUUCCGUUGUUCAUAACACCGCCAUAUUAGAACGAUUGCAUAUGAAGGGAACUCCUGCCCAUAAGGUCGAGAUGGCGCAAACGGCACCAGAGGAAAAUAAACCAUUAGUAUUUCCAUUUGAAUAUGCAUGGGAACGGGCUGCAGAACAACGUUUAAGUCAAGAACAAGAUUUAAAGGAGUCAGAAGGACAAAAUAAUACUUCUGAAUGAUAACAGUUGGCUAUUAUUUUUAUAACUGAAA